AUGGCCGACCAUCUCUGUAUCUUAAUUCACGGGCUCUGGGGCAAGCCGAAACACUUGAAGAAUCUCGCGACAUCGUUACAAGCCGAAUACCCGCAAGACAAGCUACACGUCCUCGUCACCAAGAGCAACUCGAACAGCUUCACCUAUGAUGGCAUAGAAUUGGGCGGCGAACGUACUGCCAAUGAAGUCGAGGAAGAGAUCAAGAAACUUGAGGAGGGCGGCAACAAGAUCACAAAGAUAAGCAUUGUUGGAUAUUCGCUGGGUGGCCUGGUCGCGCGUUAUGUUGUCGGCCUGCUGUACUCGAAAGGCUAUUUCGACCGGAUAAAGCCCGUCAACUUUACCACUUUUGCGACACCACAUUUAGGCGUGCGAUCGCCUCUGCUAGGCCCACACAACUACCUCUGGAAUGUGCUCGGGGCUCGCACUCUGAGUACUUCGGGUCGCCAACUCUUCACCGUCGACUCGUUCCGUGAUACAGGUCGCCCCCUCUUGACUAUCCUCGCGGAUCCGAAUAGUGUCUUUAUCCGUGGACUCGCCCAGUUCAAACACCGUACCCUCUAUUCUAACAUUGUCAACGACCGCAGUGUUGUCUACUACACCAGUUGUAUCACCUACAAGGAUCCCUUUGUCAACAUCGACGCUGUCGAUUUACAACCUCUUGCUGGCUAUGAUGGUGUUCUGUUGCGGCCCGACGAACCUGUUCGUCCCAAGCCUCGAGUACCGCUCGGCUUUUGGGCUCGAGUAAGAUCUACCGGCUGGUCCACCCUUACCGCCGUCCCGUUGUAUCUACUCUUGGCCGUCCUCAUCCCUGUUGGUAGUAUGCUCUUCCUCAUCAACAGUGGUUAUCAAACGAUUCGCUCUGCUCAGCGUGUUCGCUUGCACGAGUCCGGUGGUGCCAACUUUGGAAUCGAGCGGUAUCGGUCAAACCCACUCCUUGAGGAGGCCCAGAAUCUUGAGGAGCGCGUGUUUGAUCGUCUCAAUGCCAAUCAAGGACAAGACUACCUGCCAACUCCGCCAUCUGAAGACGAGGAACGCUUCUCAAAAUCCGAACAUUCUGGUAGCAAGUUCAAGGGCCAGGAGAAGUUUCCCACGCUUGCUCUUACAUCGGAUCAAUUUUAUAUGAUUGAGGGGCUGGAUGGUGUGGGCUUUACGAAGUACCCUGUACACAUCAGCAAGGUUCGCCAUACACAUGCAGCCAUCAUUGUGCGGACCAAUCGUUGGGGUUUUGACGAGGGCAAGGUCGUUGUUGGACAUUGGGUCAAGCAUUUCGAGGUAUAG